AUGCAUGUUUAUGUUGUAGAAAUGGAUGAACAAGAUCAUGAAUCAAGUACUUCUCAAGACUUGUUGAAAGACUUGGAACAAUUGAAAAUGGAUAAUGAUAUUAACAAAUUCGAUGAACUAACGGUUUUAAAGGCGCCUACAGCUAAACAUACCAGUAACAGCAUUGAUGAUAAUGAAAUGGAAGAAUCAGAAGGAGUGGGAUAUAUUAAAGAUCAGCCAAAGAAGCCUCAUACAGAAGGAAGUGACCUUUAUUUGCCAGAGGGAAACAGCAAUAAAAACCUACAACAGGAAGAUAAUGUUCACGUCGACCCCAAAAAUUUCAGUGAAACUAAACUGGAGGAAAAUGAAGUAUAUAAUCCGAAAAAAGCUGAAGAACAGGAAAAAGACAAUGUACAUAAUAAAGAGGGAGACAUUCUUCAAGAGCUUAAUAUGGAAGACGGUGAACACAGGGAUGUACACGAAGAAAAUAAAGGAGCAUCAGGGAUAAGUGAAGAAAAUUGGCACGUCCCACCAUCUUACAGUGACGUCAGACAGGACUCAGAAGCAGUGUUGCAACAAAAAUUAGAAGGGAUAGAGGGAAAAGAAGAUGAGAAAGUUGAGAAGGACAAGAGAUUAAUGGAUGAUAAAGUUCAAUGGAGAUCUCAGAGCAGAGAAAAUAAUAGGAAACCAGAAAAUGUGGGGCAUUGGAAACCCAGAUCAGGUAGACAAAGACCAGGACUUGAUAGGCCGUAUGGUGGACAUGAAAGGCAGUCCCAUGAUAGGAAAGACAGAGAAAGGAGACAGCAUACACAAAAUCAUUGGGUAGAAUAUAAGCCUGAUCAGGAAAGGUACAGUGCAGCACAACAUGAAAGAGAGAAGCCAAAGGGGGAUAGAAAACAUAAAAAUGAAGAAAAGAAAUUUAGGGACAGUGGUUUACCUGAUGAGAGACACAAAUAUGAAUACUUUUGGAGGAAUAGAUCCGUCUUUAGUCAGUGGUAUCCAUGUGAAUUUGAGGUUGAUGGGAAAAAUUAUAGUUGUACAGAACAGUACAUGAUGCACCAGAAAGCAGUAUUAAUGAAAGAUAUGGAGAGGGCAGAUAUAAUCAUGGCACUAGAUGACCCGCGUGAGAUGAAGCAGCAAGGACGAUAUGUUAAGAACUUUGACCAAAAAUUUUGGGAUAAAUGUUGUCAGAAUGUUGUUGAAAGAGGAAACAUGGAAAAGUUUUCGCAAAAUGAAGAGUUGAAGGAACAGUUGCUUAGAACAUUUCCUAGAACACUGGUAGAAGCUAGCCCAAUGGACAGAAUCUGGGGUAUAGGAUUGGCCGAGGAAGACCACAGGGCCUGGAAUAAAAAGACAUGGAGGGGGCAAAAUCGGCUCGGAGAGGUUUUAACGAGAGUGAGAAACAAUAUAAUGGAGGGCCAAAAAAUGGGUAGAAUGGGAGGAAAAGGACCAAUCAAAGAAACUGUGAAUGAAGGGGAGCAAAAAGUGGGUAAACAAGGAGUAAAAGAUCCAGUCAGAGAAAGAACUAAAAUGGAGGAACAAGAAAAGGGUAGAAUGGAGAAAGGAGGUCCAGUCAAAGAAACAAUGAAUAAGGGAGAGCAAAAAGUAGGAAGCCAAGAAGGAAGGAAGGGGAAAAAAAGUCCAGUCAAAGGAAGAGCUUCAGAGAAUUGCAAAUCCACCCCUUGUAAAAUUUUUACAAGAAAGGAAAAGAUGGAAGGCAAAAAUUAUAAUUUUGAACGGGAGAAAUGUAUAGGAAGAGGAACUUUCGGCAAAGUAUAUUUGUGCUUUGACAAGAAAGAACAACAAAAAAAGUUUGCCAUGAAAGUGAUAGACCUGGAAGGCUUACCACAGGAUGUAUGUAAGAUGACAGAAAAAGAGGCCAAUUUGUUGCUAACUCUACAGCACCAGUAUAUUCUUCAUGCUGUGAUGACAUUUCAAGAAAAUGAGACACUGUGUAUAGUGACAGAAUUCUGUGAUCAGGGAAAUUUAGAAGAAUUUUUAAAUAAAAGAGAAGGAACUUUAUUAGAAGAACAACGAAUUGUUGAGUGGUUUAGACAGAUCUGCAGUGCUCUAGAGUACUUGCAUGGCAGAAAUGUCCUUCAUCGGGAUAUAAAGACCCAGAAUAUAUUCUUGACCGGUAAAGAAAUGACAAUUAAGCUGGGAGAUCUCGGCUUGGCCAAAGUGUUAGAGAGUUCCUCUCUGAAAGCCUCAACCUUUUGCGGUAGUCCUCACUACAUGAGUCCUGAAAUCCUUGAUUGUCAACCAUACAACUCUAAGAGUGACAUUUGGGCAAUGGGAGUAUGUGUAUAUGAGAUGACCACACUAAAACGGCCGUUUGAUGCCUACUUGCAACAGCAACUAUUUUUGAAAAUUGCUAAUCAUAAUGAUCAGUUACCUCCAUUUCCCGAGGGGUACAGUUCAGAGCUGAUUGAGAUCAUAGAGAGGAUGAUGUGUAGAGAGACAGACAGACGACCCUCAGCAUCAGAGUUGUUGCAGGAUGACCUUUUUAAGAACCACAGAACCGUAAAAGUACAACAUUUCGUACGCAAUGAAAAAACAACGCACGGGAAUUUAUCUACUUAUGAAGAAAUGAACAAGACAAUUAGCGACAACACAUUGAAAAUCAACUUCAAAGCCAACAGAGAGUACGACAAUUAUCCAUCUUGUAGAGCAACCGUUUCAAAUUCUGAAUCACUUGAGGUCCACACAUCAGAACAAUUCAACGCUUCACAAACUAGUUUAGAGCAUAAAAAUUAUUUUGAGAACACAAUAACAGAUGACGAAGCUCGAUCUACUCUCAAACCACCAUCCUCCACUUUCACGAUGAUCAGAUCUUUGUUCACAUCUUUUAAAAGGAGUGUAAUGGGAGAUACUGCAGGAUCAGACGGGCAGAAUAGCAUUUCGAAAAUGGAUGAACAAGAUAAUGAAUCAAGUACUUCCCAAGACUUGUUGAAAGAAUUGGAACAAUUGAAAAUGGAUGAUGAUAUUAACAAAUCCGAUGAACAAACUGCAUUAAAAUCGCCUGCAGCUAGAUAUACCACCAAUAACAUCGCUGUUAAUAAUAAAAUGGAAGAAUCAAAAAGGGAGGGAUAUAUUGAAAAUCAGCCAAAGAAGCCUCAUACAGAAGGAAGUGACCUUUAUUUGCCAGAGGGAAACAGCAAUAAAAACCUACCACAGGAAGAUGAUGUUCACGUCGACCCCAAAAAUUUCAGUGAAACUAAAGUGGAGGAAAAGGAAGUAUAUAAUCCGAAAAAAGCUGAAGAACAGGAAAGAGACAAUGUACAUGAUAAAGAGGGAGACAUUCUACAAGAGCUUAUGGAAGACGGAGUACAUAGGGAUGUACACGAAGAAAAUAAAGGAGCAUCAGGGAUAAGUGAGGAAAAUUGGCACGUCCCACCAUCUUACACUGAUGUCAGACAGGACUCUGAAGCAGUGUUGCAACAAGAAUUUGAAGAGAUGGAGCGAAAAGAAUUGGAUGAGAAGGAGAAGAGAUUAAUGGAUGAGAAAGUUCAGAGGAGAUCUCAGAGCAGAGAAAAUAAUAGGAAACCUGAAAAUGUGGGGCAUGGGAAACCCAGAUCAGGUAGACAAAGACCAGGACUCGAUAGGCCGUAUGGUGGACAUGAAAGGCAGUCCCAUGAUAGGAAAGACAGAGAAAGGAGACAGCAUGCACAAAAUCAUUGGGUAGAAUAUAAGCCUGAUCAGGAAAGGUACAGUGCAGCACAACAUGAAAGAGAGAAGCCAAAGGGGGAUAGAAAGCAUAAAAAUGAAGAAAAGAAAUUUAGGGACAGUGGUUUAUCUGAUGAGAGACACAAAUAUGAAUACUUUUGGGGGAAUAGAUCCGUCUUUUGUCAGUGGUAUCCAUGUGAAUUUGAGGUUGAUGGGAAAAAAUAUAGUUGUACAGAACAGUACAUGAUGCACCAGAAAGCAGUAUUAAUGAAAGAUAUGGAGAGGGCAGAUAUAAUCAUGGCACUAGAUGACCCGCGUGAGAUGAAGCAGCAAGGACGAUAUGUUAAGAACUUUGACCAAAAAUUUUGGGAUAAAUGUUGUCAGAAUGUUGUUGAAAGAGGAAACAUGGAAAAGUUUUCGCAAAAUGAAGAGUUGAAGGAACAGUUGCUUAGAACAUUUCCUAGAACACUGGUAGAAGCUAGCCCAAUGGACAGAAUCUGGGGUAUAGGAUUGGCCGAGGAAGACCACAGGGCCUGGAAUAAAAAGACAUGGAGGGGGCAAAAUCGGCUCGGAGAGGUUUUAACGAGAGUGAGAAACAAUAUAAUGGAGGGCCAAAAAAUGGGUAGAAUGGGAGGAAAAGGACCAAUCAAAGAAACUGUGAAUGAAGGGGAGCAAGGAGUGGGUAGACAAGGAGGAAAAGGUCCAGGCAAAGAAAGAACUAAAAUGGAGGAACAAGAAAAGGGUAGAAUGGAGAAAGGAGGUCCAGUCAAAGAAACAAUGAAUAAGGGAGAGCAAAAAGUAGGAAGCCAAGAAGGAAGGAAGGGGAAAAAAAGUCCAGUCAAAGGAAGAGCUUCAGAGAAUUGCAAAUCCACCCCUGUCUGAUGUAAAAGUAUGAGAGAUAUGUAUUUUGUGAUACAUAUACUGUUUACUACAUGGGUGUACAGAAAAUGUUCAUUCUUUUUAUGCCUCCCUUUUACUGGUCAGGUCUGUCAUGAAAAGUGUUGUAGGACUUUAAAGAGGUGUUCAUAAGAUGUCUUGUUUUUUUUUUUAUAAACCAGGAAAUCUGUGAUUGUUCAAGAAUUGUCCUCAAUCUUUUUGUCUAAAUUGGCUUAGUUAUAAAGCUGAACUGAUGCUGCAAAUCUAGCAUGAUAUUCGUA